AUGAAUUCAAGCUAUGAAGAAUAUAACGAAGAUAAUGAACACAGCAAUGAUUACAAAAGCAUACUUGAUGAGUUAACCAAAGGGUCAGAUCCCACAGAGACACAUCCUGCAUAUUGCAGACAAGCAGCGUGUGUAAUCACAGCUAUUUUAAAUGUGAUCAUUUUCCUGCUUGGCAUCACUGGAAAUGGAGCAGUGAUCUGGAUUGCUGGUUUUAAGAUGAAGAAGUCAGUUAACACCACCUGGUACCUGAGUCUGGAUUUGUCUGACUUCAUAUUCUGCAGUAUUAUCCCUUUUGUCAUUGUCAAAAUAGUUAUAAACAACUGGAUCUUUGGGCUCUUCAUGUGCAAAUUCACAUCAUUUGCUAUGUUCCUCAAUAUGUACAGCAGCAUCUUCAUCCUCAUAAGUGUGGACCGCUGCUUGACCGUCAAAUUACCUGUUUGGGCUCAGUACCAUCGCACUGUAACAAAAGCCUCUGCUGUUGUUGUGUUGGUUUGGUUCAUGUCUGCUUUGCUUAGUAUACCAGCAGCCAAAUUCAGAAACAUCCAUAAUAGCACAUCAAAAGAAACAACUUGUUUUACCGACUAUGAGCAUUACCACACAACUGUUGUACUCAUUCGAUUUAUUUUUGGGUUUUUAAUUCCGUUCAUAAGUAUUUGCAUCUGUUACUCUAUCCUGAUCUGUAAACUUAGGGUAAAUCAAAUGUCCAAAUCCACCAAGCCCUACAAGAUAAUGACACUGCUGAUUACAACUUUUUUUCUCUGCUGGUUACCAUAUCAUAUUGUUUCAAUAAUAGAACUGAACAAAUCGAGGUGUGGCUUUAACCUUGACACGGCGCUAGGAAUGUCUGCUACUCUUGCCAGCUCAAACAGUUUCAUUAACCCAUUCCUCUAUGCAUUUAUGGCCAAGGACUUAAAGAAAAAACUCUGCUCAUUUCUGUCAAAGAUUGAGAGUGCCAUUGAUGAGGACAUCCGUACUUUCAGAGGAACUUCUAUUACUAAUUCUGGGGAUCACAAUCGUUCCACUGCAGUCCGAAAAUGUGAAAGAUUAGUUUAA